CAGGUGUGAUGGGAGUCCGCGACUCUCGCACCACCGCUCGCUGACGGAGCGAUGGAAUUCGCAAUCCUCGUAGCCCAGAAUCACCGCACCUCCUGCCAGUUUUUUUCGGUUGUCGAGUUCAAACACGUCGCAAGGGUUUAAGUGUGGUCUAGUUUGUGGGAUCAGAUGCGUGAUGAUCCCAAUGGUAGUCUAAUUCGGUUAAUCGUACGAAUAAAAGCCUGUACAAAACUAAGAGUUAUUUUAUGCAGCUACACGGCCGUGAGCCGGGGCUAUGUGAACUCGUUUUUAAUACGCAGCAAGCUCAAGGCUCAAUAACUUUCAAUGUUUAGAACACUUUUUUUUUUACAAAUUAAAAUAUUCGCAGCUUUCCAAAAUGCAAAUAUUCAGAGUACACGAGGGGCAAGAGAGCAUAUCACGGUUUCAAAUGUAAAGUGUUUAUCCCACCGUGAAAUGCCAACCCCAGUGUUCUGAUGGGAAGUGACCGCAUUCGACUGAAUUAAAAAGGAGCAUCUGCAACAGGAUGAGAGGAGGGCCCAGAGAUGGGGUCUGGAAGGCUGCCACCUCGGGUACGGGGAGCGAGAGAUCGAGUCGUCGCCACCUUUUCCACACCGAGCAAACCUGCACUCGUGUCUCCGUCGGUCUGGGCUCGUCAACACUGUCCGGUGAUAACGUUCACCACAAAACCAGUCGUGGAUCUCAAAUGCAUUCCUGCCACCCGGACACAGAUGCGAAUUUCCCAGACUGUGCGGAUUUGACCCAGAUUAUUUUUGCCUAGUCUUGCCAUCGCCUCCUGGAGUGGAGCAAUUAGACAAUUAGCCUUGGGCUCUUCGGUGUAGUAAUUAGCAUGCCCACAACAAGUUAACUACAGAGUUAAAGAACCGGGCUUCCAAGAGGCCUGGUUAAUAGUACAGGGCACGAUAUGGCUUCUCACCGCACGCCCUUGCUGCUGAAAGAAAUGGGUUGAGAUGGAGCCUUAACCAUUCCACUGAACCAAGGCAGUGAGGUGACAGAGAGAGAGGACACACGCCUAUCCUGUCAGUAGACGGUGGAACAUGGCACCUCCGAUUAGCACGGUUGGCUAACGUACAGUGAGAAAUACAUUAAUACGAAGAAGUGCGAUUCGGUGAAAAAUGUCAAAGAAAGUCAGGGUGCAGAAACCCAAUUGACUCUACCCAUCAUCAAGAGGGCGCUGAGUCGUCAGACGUGGGAGCAAUACUGUGCCGCUCGCCACCCAGGUGUGCUGUGUGACAAGCGACCCCGAUUAGUAUAGGGCCAAAUGAUCGCCUUCCUCCAGGUCAGGCUCCUCACCAGACUUGUCCGUCUACAAAGAGCCACCGGCUGCCUUCCCGGAGCCCCGUGCUCGCUCCGACCUCGGAGUCUGCUCUCACGAUGCUCCCCGAGCGUCUUCUCAGACGUCGCCGCUUCUCAGUCCUCUCUCUCCAAUAAAUCUGCACGGCAAUGCGGGUCGCGGACACCGCAAACUGAGAGCGGGACGGUGAGGGCUGGGAGGUGCCGCUGCCGCGCGGCGUGUGCGUCCCACGUGUUACGGGUGGCUUCUGGUCGCCCCACGUCGCGCUGCGUGUGUGUGUGCGUGACGCGGUGCAGAGGCACCCAGAGACAUGGGAGCUUCAAGCAGCACGAACCAUGAUCCACACUGCGGAAGGCCACUCCCCUUAACCGUGAUUUGUUCAUCCGCGCCACGUCCCCCUCCCUUCAAACCGCGGAUGAUCGGGCCUCCGUCGGCGUGGGGCACGAGAUAGCCGUGAAAAUGAGCGUAGUCAUACGUUUUGUGUGUCGGUGACGAGCGGUGGCGAGCAUCAGGCAGCGACUGUCAAGAGCUCUCCCGCCGUCGCGAUGCCAGCGCCGGUGAACGUGAAGCUGGACUACGUCCCGCCCGACGGGGGCUGGGGCUGGGCCGUCCUCGUCGGCUCCUUCAUCUCCAUCGGCUUCUCGUACGCCUUCCCCAAGGCCAUCACCGUCUUCUACAAGGAGAUCCAGGAGGUGUUUGAUGCCUCCUACAGCGAGAUCGCGUGGAUCUCCUCCAUCAUGCUGGCCAUCAUGUACGCGGGCGGCCCGAUCAGCAGCAUCCUGGUGAACCGGUUUGGGUCACGCCCGGUGGUGAUCAUCGGAGGGAUGCUCGCUGGCCUCGGGAUGAUCAUCUCCUCCUUCUGUACCAGCAUCGUGCAGCUCUACAUCUGUGUGGGCGUCAUUGGAGGUUUCGGCCUGGCUCUGAACCUGCAGCCAGCGCUCACCAUCCUGGGCCGCUACUUCGAUAAGCGGCGGCCGAUGGCGAUCGGCCUGGCAAUGGCAGGCAGCCCCGUGGUGCUGAGCAGCCUGGCGCCCUUCAACCAGGUGCUGUUCGACGCGUUCGGCUGGAGGGGCAGCUUCCUCAUCCUGGCGGGAAUCCUCUUCAACUGCUGCCUGGCCGGAUCGCUCAUGAGGCCUAUCGGGCCAAAGAAGGGCAGCGCCCCUGCAGAGAGCGAGGGGUCCAAGGCGGCCGAGCCGGAACCUGGCAUUCUGGCCACCAUCAGCCGUCUGCUGGACCUCACCCUCUUCCGGCACCGUGGCUUCCUCAUCUACCUCGCCGGCAACGUGCUGCUCUUCUUCGGGCUCUUCGCGCCGCUCAUUUUCCUGGCGCCGUACGCGAAGCACAUGGGGGUGGACCAGUACUCGGCCGCUUUCCUCCUCUCCAUCCUGGCGCUCGUGGACAUGGUGACGCGCCCGCUCACGGGCAUCCUGGGAAACCUCAAGUUGGUGCGCCCGCGCAUCCAGUACCUCUUCAGCUUCUCGCUCAUCUUCAACGGCUUCUGCCACCUCAUGGGGCCCAUGGCCACGGACUACGGCGGCCUCGUCAUCUACGCCAUCUUCUUCGGCAUCGCGUUCGGCAUGGUGAGCGCCAUGCUGUUCGAGACGCUCAUGGACCUGGUGGGCGCCGCCCGUUUCUCCAGCGCCGUGGGGCUCGUCACCAUCAUCGAGUCGUGUCCCGUGCUGCUCGGCCCGCCCAUCGGAGGCAUGCUGGUGGAUGUGACGGGCGAAUACAAGUACAUGUUCUACGUGAGCGGCGCCAUCCUCUGCGUCGCCGGCAUCUUCCUCUUCAUCGCCAACUUCAUCAACUACCGCCUGCUCGACCGCGAGCGCGAAGCGGCCGAGCGCGGCACCGAGCUCGCCGAGGCCGCCAGCUUCCUCAACGGGCCGGGCUCCGCCGAGGGGGCCCGGGGAGGGCCGCCGGGGUCCGAGGCCGGGGCGGCAGGGCCUGUGCCCCUGGCCCCCGGGGAGAGCAACGCGUAGUGCGUGUGCGUGCGAGUCGCGGUGGUUGGCGUUGGGUGGGGGGCCGGCGGGGAGAGCCCGGCCACGAGCGCCGCAUUGCUACAACGUAAUGAAGGCCCUAAAGGUUUGCCCGACACAUGCAUCUAGCAAAGAGGACAGCAGCUCAAGUGCAUGUACGGCAACGCCGUCACCCAUCUGGUGCCAGUGUCGCCCGUACGGGUGUCACUGUCGCCAGCACGGUGCCACCGUUGCCCGUACAUUGCCACUGUCGUCCAUAUGGUGGCAGUCACCCGUACUGUGUUACCGUCACCCACAUGGUGCCACUGUCGCCUGUACGGUGUCACUGUCCCCUGUACAGUACCAGCCACCUGUACAGUGUCACCGUCGCCUGUACAGUAUUACUGUCCAUAAUACGUAAAGAUUUUUGGGUUAGAUCGCGUAAGUGUGUUAAACCGGUGGGCUGAAGAAGUAACUAAUUGGCACUUUGUUAACGUGACACAUUUUUUACUGAUUGGCCGUGUCAGGUGGUGGAGGGCUGCGACACAUUGAUACUUACGCGAUCUAACCCAAAAACCUUUAUUAUGAAUAAUACUGGUCGCGAAAGCCUACGUGUUAAAGUAUUACUGUCACUCUUUGUGUUACUGUCUCGUGUACAGUGUCACUGUCGCCUGUACAGUAUUACUGUCAUCUGUACAGUGUCAAUGUCAUCUGUGUGACAUGUUUCGCAGCUCAUCGAGUUGGGUCCGUGUGGGACGUAACUGGAAUGUCACCGCUCUGUAUUGCCCUUUACAGUUAUGCGAAUUUAACAUCAACGCUGCUACCGAGCGCAAAACAGUAGCAAGGUGGCCUCCGGAACGGAAGGUUCGAACCGGGACGGUUUGGCCAACUGCUGGCACUAACGCACUGCCCACGUAGCCAACCUCAAGGGCUUCCUGGGAGUUUUCGUGCAUCGGUGGACAUUUCAUUAGCUGAUAGUUAUAUCUGAGUGUUUAGAUUAAUGAGAACCGAGUAAAUGAGAAACCAUUAUUAACUGUUGAAAGAAUCAAGUAAGAUAUUGCAUGCAUUUGUCACUCGCAGGAAACAUCACCCGUGUGCCCUGAGAUUGGGUUAGUUUAUUUUGCAAUUACAUUGAGUAAAUUGUGAGUGAUGACCACGACAUAGUUCUCAAACGUCCUUCAAUUCAUCCCCUGAUUUGCAAAUCUGCUACAUUUUUUUUUAAAUGUGGCAGAUUUACACAUUUAGGGCUUUCUGCCUUGGCUCUCAGUUGUGCCAUUUGGCCAGGACAACACGGAUCUGGGUUGCGAUUGCGGUGGCGGGUUUAACGGUACAUUUAUAUGUACGUGAUCUAACCCAAAAAACCCUCUAUUAAGGGUUGCGAUUCUUUGCCAAAUUAAAUGGCCGGAUGGUCAGAUAGUUGCAUACACACACAAAUUCAACACGUAGGCUGGCAAAAUCGCCCGAUGAAGCUGGUUGUAAUUACCAGCGAAAAGAACGUCGUACUCAAGUUAUAAAUGUUGUGGGUUUUCUCUCCAACACACCGGUGUAUGCUUAAGUAGUAACUUAUUGGCACGUUUUGUUUACGUGACAAACCUUACUUAUUGGCCGUGUCGGGUGGUCGUGGGUUAACAACACAUUUAUAUUUACGCGAUCUUACAAAAAAGAAACCUUUAUUAUCUCUAACGACGAAUUGAACACGAAUAUUUUUUUAAUGAAUAGCUAGAAAAUCACCUGCAAGGCUGUUUGGUUAAUCUAGGAGUUUAAUUCAUUUUAUCAAUGCGCUUUUUAAAAAAAAAUAAUUUUAAGAAUUUCUGCAUUUUUCGUCGUGUUGUGCCGUUUAUUCUUCGCCGGCAUCUUUUUGGAUGGUUAUUUUCCGUCGCAAAGGGUGUUGAGAAAUGUUAGAUCGUGUUAUCUCAAUUUCCCGAUUUGAUAAACUCCGUAUCUCUUUAUUGUAUGACACAUUAUUCUGUUUGAAUGUCCUGCCAAUGAAUACGAAACCAAAACCUCAAGUGUAAUUGAAAGCGGAGUACAAGAGGCGAUGCCAUGGAUUUGAGAGAUAUGAAAACACUAGGUAAGAAACAUUCUAUAUUUUAUGAACACCGUAACAUUUCCUACAUUAAAGUAUAUAUUUGUCUCUACAAUUUUUGGGUUUUAAGUCACAAAAUCAGAAGAAAUUUGUAAUUUUAUAGCUAUGGAGUAAGUGCCACUACUGGGGCCGCCACGGUGGCGAGAUGUUUACUCCCUCGCCUGUAUUACAGAAGGUCGUGGGUUCGACCCCGACCCUGACGCCUGGUGCGUGGAUUUUUCCCAUCCACAUGGAGAAACGUGGGUUUCGUACAUUUGGCUCCCAUACGUUUUCACACGAUAAGCCACUUCGUUGAGCUAUCAUUCGUGGCCAGGUCGCAUCUGAAAAAGAGCUGUAUUGCUCAGUGGGCCUUACCUGGUAAAAUUAAAAGUUGAGUUUAUUAUGGCGAAAAGCGGUAAAAUAUUCCACCUGUAUGGUCUUAGAUUAAAAACGUGGAAAUUUGGGUUGGCUGAAAAAUAUUCCUGGGGCCAGAGGCAGCAAGUGCAUGCUUAGGGCCCAGGCAGCUGUCCCAUGUCGAUGUCUAAGCCCAGCACCUGGCCCACAAAUCAUUUGAGGAAAAUUAAUAAUACAAAAAUUUGCCCAGUGCAGAAGCAUCGAGUCGACCGCAGAACCGCGUGCUUGGCGUGAGAACUGCGAUCGCUGAGAGAACGCAGCGUCCGGAAUGCGUUGCAGGUGACGCAAUAUGUUGCAACAUCACUGGACAUCUGUGAAGGAAGAGCUUUAUAGCUCGUCGGAUUCUUCCAGCUAUAAAUAAAUAUUCUGAUUCUGUGUGUGACCGAGACGAGUUGGACUGGAGCGAGUGUGACUGGAAUGAGGGGCGUGACACAGCUCCGCACCGAUAGCUUCAAAACAUCCAUUGCUGUGGCUCCCAUCUCGUGCCCACCUUUGCAGACAGCCACAAUCCUACAGCGUAUGUUUAUUCUCAGGCAGUUUGUCUACUCAAUCACGAACCAGGCUCAAGCCUGUUGGCAUUGUCAAUGCAACAUUCUUCAUGCGGGGCGGGGGGGGUAUACAUUAAUCCAGAGCCAGAUCAAGGGAAAUCCCCUCCAUCCCUCCUAUCCAGUCACACCCUGGGUGAGACUCAUUACGGCAAACUGUCACACUUUAGUGUUGCAGGGUUUAAUGUUGAGGACUGAGGUUCAGAGUGUGGGAAAGGAACGUUGUCUAGUUCGUGAGAAUACAUUUUGUUAUUUGAUCGAAUUAAAGAUCAAUGUUGGACAUUCCAAAACAACUCCCUCGUGCUCAGAGAACGUGGUUCUUUCUGUCAUACACAAGAGCAAUUAUUAGUAAUGCUAAUAUGUAUAUUGUCAAUUUAACAACUUAACAGCCCUUAGUAAUAAGCGGCGUGUUCUUGUACAGCCUGAUUUGUCUUUGUGAUGUCAGCUUGGAUCAAUAGCCCCUUGGUGCUAUAAAUAUUUAGAAACACGCGUUUAGAGUGUUUGGCUGCUAUAAAUUUCCACGUCAUAAUCCACUUCGUUCAGCUGUCAUUUAUGGCCAGGUCGCUUCUGAAAAAACUACAUAGCUCAGUUGGCCUUGGCUGGUAAAAUAAACAAAAAUAGUUUAAUUUUAACUGUGAUGUGAUACACCUCUGCAAUUAUUUAGCUUGGACAAUUAUAUUAUUUAUACCUCUACCCUAUUGGCGUGCAGACAUUUUCAUGCCAUUUGUAAAACUUCUACUGAUGCAUGUUAAUAGUUUAGAAAAGGGACAGUACAAGGAACCUCCCUUCCCAUGUCAAGACAAAAGUGUGCAUUAACUUUGAAAGGACCGCAUGUAACCAAACAUGCACGUGUGAUUUAAGAUUAUAACUGACCAGGGUUAAUGAAAUCUCUAUUGGAAUGAGAACCUUGCUAAAUGCCACACACUUCGGUCUUGGCGUACGCUGGGGACCCGCACGUCCCUGCGGGUGUCUGCGCGAUGCCAGCUGGACCCGCACGUACUCGCGCCUGAUGGAUCCGCAUGUAUUCGUGGGUACCCACGCAUUGGUGAAUAGCUUCCGCCAUCAAAGUAAUCGUCGUACAAAGGUGUAACAACCGUGCUGCCUUAACGCUUCCUGUAGCCACUCGCCUCUGCUGGAUGUUUCAAAUUUUGAAAUCCAGAGACCAGUGCCGUUUCAGCAGAUUUAGAUGGACAAGAAAAACUAUUCUUUAUAAAACGUGAAAUUCUGAAACUACCGUUUGAUUUCUUUUUAUACCCUAAGAACUUGCACAUGUCUCACAAGAAUGUUGAUCUAUGAUUAAGCGAAUUAACGAUGGCCGUUUGCCACCGUGAUACAUUUAACAAGGUGCAAUGCACGCAUGUUUUUGGGGCAGAGCCGAUCUUUGGGGCCUAUUCGUGUCUAGGCCAGGGGAUGACAACUUGCGGCUCGGGUGCCGCAUGCGGUGGGCUCUUUUGCUUAAUGAAGAUAAGAAGCAAGCCAUUACACGUGACAAGGAAUGGGUCGCUGUGGAAUGUCUCGGUGAUGACAAAAUGCGUAGUAUUGUUCAAGAACAAGGUGGGGGAGGGGGGGUGGAUAACAAAAUUAAAUAGACGCAGUUUAUGCCUUCACCUAUUCUGUUAAAGUCCGAGUUAGUUUGUCAUCUGCUGCAUACCCGCUCCUCUGUUCGUGUGGUGCUGGCCACCCACGUCCUCGUGCGUCUUGCCAGGCCAUCGUAGGAACUCGCUAACAGCACUUGCCCCAACAGCCUGUUCAGGCUAUACGGGGGAUCUUUGUUUUGCUAGGACAGAGAUAUAUGCAGGAUAGUUGCCUCUCGAGAUGUACAGCUGGUGGUGAUUUAUACCCUUAGAAACCGAUCAGCGAGGUAAUUAGUAUGCACGAAACCUAAACACAUCCCUGUAAUCCUGCAUUUUUACUGCUUGACCCCGAAUAAUAAAAAAAACCCUGGCUAGAAUGUGGAGAAA